GCCAUUUUUGUACUAGCUUUGAUCCGAGUAAACGCCUGGUAUAUUGAAAAGUGUGUGAAAAAAGCGACAGUUGUGUGAUUUUUUCGUGAUGUGGCUCGUGCUGUAGAAAUAAACCAACCAUGGCUACGACGAGCAUGAACUUUCCUAAAGUGGACAGUGAUAGCGACAUCACGGAUUCUGAAGACACCUACUUGUAUGAAGACUCUGACGAAGAACAGAGAACAGCGCAAGCCCAAAAAGGAUGGAAUCUCUUUCAAGAGAUCCCGAUCAAGAGGGAGACCGGGUCGAUGGCGACCACUGCAUGGAUUGACUUCAGUGUAAAAGUGCUUAAAGUGUUGGCCUAUAUCCUUGUAUUCAUCUGCGUGUUGGGAGCCGCUGUGAUUGCGAAAGGCACAUUGCUGUUUAUAACGUCCCAGUUGAAAAAGGAUCGACGAAUCGUACAUUGCAAUAAAGCUUUAGAAUUAGAUCAACAGUUUGUAACAUACCUGCCAACCGAGGAAAGGCUAGCUUGGCUCUGGGCUGCUCUUAUAGUUUUCGCCGCUCCUGAAUUGGGCAUUUUUCUUAGAUCAGUGAGAAUAUGUUUCUUCAAAUCUGUUGCGAAACCUUCCAUUGGUCAGUUUUUAAUUGCGUUCGUCAUAGAAACUUUGCAUGCGGUCGGCAUAGCUAUGCUAAUACUUAUUAUAUUACCUGAUUUGGACGUUGUAAAGGGUGCAAUGCUAAUGAGCGCUAUGUGUAUAGUACCCGGAAUCCUACAAGCUUGCACGAGGGACCGCACGGAUUCGAAAUAUUAUACGUUUUUAAUCCUAGAUGUCUUCGCCGUGUCCGCUCAAGCUACUGCAUUUGUUAUGUGGCCGCUAACUGAAUGUAAAACAUCGAUUUAUAUGACACCAGUGGCAUGUGUUUUGGUGUCUCUUGGAUGGUGGGAAAACUACGUCGAUAUAUUUGACCAGAAGAAUGCGUCAGCUUUGAGUACAUACCUAUGCGAUCUUCGCAUUAACCUGAAGAAAACUCGGUACUACACCCAAAGAAUUCUUUCUCUAUGGAAAAUAUUCAUUUUUAUGGUUGGCAUUCUGAUUUCGCUGCAUAUUCAAGACGACAACCCUUGGUCCUUCUUCACAUCUGUAAAUGAAAUAUUUGGUGAAAGAUUUUACACGGUGUACGAGGUACAAGUAAUAAUUCAAGACCUCUACGAGGGCGCAAUAGAGUACGCUGAAACAGGAGGCACAUACACAUUGCCCAUACAGUGGAGCUCCCCGCUAUGGGUCGCAUUGAUCCAAGUGACAGUAGCCUAUUUCUGUUUCGCCAGCGCCAAAUUCGCGUGCAAAAUUCUCAUACAGAACUUCAGUUUUACAUUGGCUUUAAAUCUAGUCGGUCCUGUCACUGUUAAUCUGUUGAUUACCUUCUGUGGAAUAAGGAAUGCAAAUCCAUGUGCUUUCCAUAAUACUAUUCCGGAUUAUUUGUUCUUCGAGAUGCCUCCAGUGUACUACAUAUGGCGGUACAUUGGCUACGAGCACGUUUGGGUAUGGAUUUUGUGGAUGAUAUCCCAAGCGUGGAUCACACUGCACACGUGGAUGCCUAAAUGCGAGCGACUGGCUGCCACUGACAAAUUAUUCUCAAAGCCAUGGUAUGACGGUGGACUUAUUGACCUGAGUUUACUCAUGAACAGGACCAAGGACGAUGACGUCGACAUUUCAGUGGGGGACCUUAGAGAAUUAGCAGAUAACGCGUCUGAAGGCGAAGGCUCCGGAGCAAUUAUGAAAGAUGUGAAACCAUCUGACAAGAUUACGAGGGUUUAUGUCUGCGCAACUAUGUGGCACGAGACCAAGGACGAGAUGAUGGAAUUCUUGAAGUCUAUCUUCCGUCUUGACGCCGACCAGAGCGCGAGGAGGGUCGCACAGAAAUACUUUGGGAUCGUCGACCGAGAUUAUUAUGAACUGGAGAUACACAUUUUUUUGGACGAUGCUUUCGAAGUGUCAGAUCACAGCACGGAAGAUUCUCAAGUAAAUCGGUUCGUCCAAUGCUUAGUUGACACCGUUGAUACCGCAGCCUCCGAAGUCCAUCACGCUAAUAUCAAACUACGGGCUCCGAAGAAAUUCCCCACUCCUUAUGGGGGCAGACUGGUGUGGACUCUACCCGGAAAGAACAAAAUGUUUUGUCAUUUGAAAGACAAGGCCAAGAUCAGACAUAGAAAGCGGUGGUCGCAGGUAAUGUACAUGUACUACUUACUCGGUCACCGUCUAAUGGAUCUUCCCGUAAAUGUGGACCGCAAGGAAGCAAUCGCCGAGAACACCUAUCUUCUUGCCUUAGACGGCGACAUCGACUUCAAACCGACUGCUGUAACUUUACUAAUUGAUUUAAUGAAGAAGGACAAAAACUUGGGCGCUGCAUGUGGCCGCAUACAUCCAGUUGGGUCUGGAUUCAUGGCGUGGUACCAGACCUUCGAGUAUGCGAUCGGACACUGGCUGCAAAAGGCGACAGAGCACAUGAUUGGUUGCGUACUGUGUAGUCCGGGAUGCUUCUCCCUGUUCCGCGGCAAGGCUUUGAUGGACGACAACGUUUUGAAGAAGUACACGCUCACUGCCCAUGAAGCGCGCCAUUAUGUGCAGUAUGAUCAAGGCGAAGACAGAUGGCUCUGCACCUUACUCCUGCAACGAGGCUACCGCGUGGAGUACUCGGCUGCGUCUGACGCGUACACGCACUGCCCUGAAGGUUUCAACGAGUUCUUCAACCAGCGCCGACGAUGGGUGCCUUCGACUAUGGCCAAUAUCUUCGAUCUACUUGCGGACUCCAAGCACACCAUCAAAGUCAACGAUAAUAUAUCUAUGCUCUAUAUUUGUUAUCAGUUCAUGCUAAUGGUGGGCACAGUCCUGGGUCCCGGCACGAUCUUCCUUAUGAUGGUGGGUGCGAUGAAUGCAAUUACCGGCAUGAGCAACGGCAACGCGUUGCUGAUCAACCUUAUCCCCCUCACUGUGUUCCUCGUCGUCUGUAUGACUUGCAAAUCUAAAAUACAGUUAAUGUUAGCAGCCGUAAUAACCUGUCUCUACGCAAUGCUAAUGAUGAUGGUGAUCGUCGGUAUAGCUCUCCAGGUCGUCGAGGACGGCUGGUUUGCCCCUUCCAGCAUUUUUUUGAUAGCUACGUUUGGCAUAUUCUUUAUCACCGCAGCGUUACAUCCUCAAGAAAUUGGGUGUUUACUAUUUAUCAUCGUGUAUUACAUAACUAUCCCUUCUAUGUAUAUGUUGCUCAUUAUUUACUCUUUGUGCAAUUUGAACGACGUGUCGUGGGGAACUCGAGAAGUUGUACAGAAGAAAACUGCAAAGGAAAUUGAACAAGAAAAGAAGGAGGCGGAAGAAGCCAAGAAAAAGGCAGAUAGUCAAACGUUAAUGAAAAUAUUCGGCAAGUCGGAGGAAACGAGCGGGACUGCGGAGUGCGGUGUAUCGGGACUCUUCCGUUGUUUAUGCUGUACUAACCCUAAGGACUACAAGGAGGAUUUACAUCUGCUUAAAAUUGCCCAAUCCAUAGACAAAAUUGAAAAGAAAUUGGAGAAUUUAGGAGCGACGGACAGCGUUCAGGAGCCUCCAACGUUCCGGGGCCGAGCCUCACUCGCUCGCCGCUCUUCAAUGAGCCUACGCGCCGAUUCGAUUGAAGAAACCUCGGAAUUUGAGGAAGGCGAACCCGGAAAUGAUAUACCUAGGGAAGAUAGAGACGACCUCAUCAACCCCUACUGGAUUGAAGAUCCGAAUCUGCGAAAAGGAGAAGUGGACUUAUUAACGACUGCAGAGACAGUAUUCUGGAAGGACUUGAUCGACACUUACUUGAGACCUAUAGACGAGAAUAAAGCGGAAUUGGCCCGCAUCAAGAAAGACCUCAAGGACCUCCGAGACAUGAUGGUGUUCGCGUUUUUGAUGGUGAAUGUUCUGUUCGUGCUGGUCAUUUUCCUUCUUCAGCUUAACCAGGACAUGUUGCACUUCCGGUGGCCGUUAGGACAGAAAAAUUAUAUUGUUUACGACUCCGACCUUCACUUUGUGAUCAUCGACAGCGACUACUUGCAGCUAGAGCCGAUCGGGUCUCUAUUCUUGGUUUUCUUCGGGACAGUAAUGCUAAUACAGUUCGUCGCUAUGCUAAUGCAUCGCUUGGGUACUCUUACGCAGCUGCUCUCGACUGUGCAGCUUAAUUGGUAUUGUACUAGAGCGCCCGAAGAAAUGACCGGACAAGCUCUCCUAACGAAGCACGCUAUCAAUAUAGCUAAAGACUUACAAAGGUUGACCGAUGAUCCCGGCCGGCCUGGUCUGAAUGAAAGUCACGUGACCAAGAGAAAUACCGUCUAUCACCUGGAACAGGCAAGAGAGGCGAAGCAGAACUUUGUCAACCUGGACACCACCUUUAAACGGAGAUUAACUACCCUAGGUCGAGAUGUUUCGAUUCCUCUACCCGGCAACGCAACGACGCGACGUUUGACGUUGCAAGCUUUGGAAGAAAAAGGAGUAUCUCUAAAAGAGAAAAUAGAGAAACGCCGUUCCACAAUUAAACCUCGACAAGAGCCUAUUACCAGUUACGAGCCCUUUUCAAUGUCCACAUCUUUAGAAGAACGAUUGCCCUCUAGGAGAUCAACGGUAAACCGUAUGCAGCCAAACCAGCGGUUAACGGGCGCCGUGUACACUAACAGGGGUUAUGAUUCAGCUGGAGACAGCGACGAGCAAAGUUCUCCUGUACCCAGGCGGUCCACUGUACGGUUCAAGAAGUUGGGAUCAUAAGAUUUUAUACUAAAAGUAUUUUAAAGAAACUUACAACUGUCUAUGGAUAAAGUACUUAUACAAAAAAAACCAUAAAGUAUGGACUCGUAUUUCGACCUCCUUGUAAGGUAUUUGGAUUUCGGUAACUUUCUAGAUCUCUAAAAAAAUGUCAAUUAGGUACGCUGAUUUUGUUUAACAAUAAAACUGAAACUAUAUAAGAUAUACAAAAACCGCUGAUCCCAGAUAUAUUAAUACCUCAAUUUAGCUAAAAAUUUCGAUUACGCUAUGUCAGAUAAGUGUCACUUAAAUGUCAUUUAAUAGUUCCUAGACAGUAACGGCAUUUAACGUAAAAUUAGGUAUCAGAAUAUGAUACUACGAAAUACCCCGUUUCGCAAUAGAAGUCUUAAAAACAACUACGAGCUUUACAAUGUGAUUUCCAAGUGCUUUCUGUGUACUUGCCGCCUACUACUUUUCCAUAGAGAAGUAUCAACAAGGUACUAAUAAAAUUCAAUGAAAAUGUAAUAAUUAUAACAAUAUUCAAUUAUUUUCAUUUGUGCACGUUACAUUAAGACAGUACGGACGCACACCGACGUAUUUGUAUGAAGUGAUAUAAAUAUGCAAGUGCCAUUGAAGUUUCUAAGAGCAAAAGUAAAUUUUAACCAAUUUUUUUCUCUAAAACGCAUAUGUUUUUAGUACCAACUAAUUCAAUAUGACACAACGGCAAUCAUCCUAGUACUGUCAUAGCCGUACUUUCUUUUAUACAAGAAUUUUGACGGGACCAGGAGGAGCAGCCAUCAGUGACGAAGUAUAAAAUAUUAUAAUAAAUCAAUAUAAGCCUACGGCACCAAGUAGAGACAUUUUGGGAGUGCGUUACUAUUUAUGUACUGUCCAUGAACGGGUUAAGUUACAAGG